CUUAAAGCGACGCCAUUUUGCGAAACAUAUUUUUGCUUUGGCUUGAGUAAACUUGUGAUAAUUAUUCGAGUUUUCAGAAGAAGGAAAUACAUAUUAUAAAAUGGGUGAAGACAAAGAUCGCCGACGCAGGUCUCGUUCAAGGGAGAGGCGGCGUUCUAGAUCUCGUUCUCGAGAACGUCGUGAAAAGCCGAGAAGAAGCAGAUCCAGGUCACCUAAUGCGAAUCAAAACCAGAGUAAAAGAUCUCGUAGACGCAAGCCCUCUCUUUACUGGGAUGUACCGCCACCGGGCUUCGAGCAUAUUACGCCUUUACAAUAUAAGGCUAUGCAGGCUGCCGGACAAAUCCCGGCUAACAUUGUCGCUGACACACCCCAGGCAGCUGUUCCAGUAGUGGGCUCCACAAUAACUCGUCAAGCUCGUCGAUUGUAUGUUGGUAACAUACCAUUUGGCGUCACAGAAGAAGAAACAAUGGAGUUCUUCAAUCAACAAAUGCACCUCUCUGGCUUAGCACAAGCAGCUGGAAAUCCUGUGUUAGCUUGCCAAAUUAAUUUGGACAAAAACUUUGCAUUCCUUGAAUUUAGAUCUAUAGAUGAGACAACGCAAGCAAUGGCUUUUGAUGGUAUUAACUUUAAAGGACAGAGCUUGAAAAUUCGACGGCCACAUGACUACCAACCCAUGCCUGGCACUGAAAAUCCAGCCAUCACUGUGCCAGCUGGUGUGAUUAGCACAGUAGUUCCAGAUUCUCCACACAAAAUAUUUAUUGGCGGUUUGCCCAAUUAUCUAAAUGAGGAUCAAGUAAAAGAACUGCUGAUGUCAUUCGGACAACUCCGAGCUUUCAAUUUGGUGAAGGACUCGUCUACCGGAUUGAGCAAGGGUUACGCUUUUGCAGAAUAUGUUGAUAUUUCUAUGACUGAUCAGGCGAUUGCAGGCCUCAAUGGAAUGCAACUGGGUGACAAGAAACUUAUUGUACAAAGAGCUAGUAUUGGUGCUAAGAACUCAACCUUAGCAAUGACUGGCGCAGCUCCGGUACAGCUACAAGUGGCCGGGUUAACGUUAGCAGGCGCUGGUCCACCUACAGAAGUAUUGUGCCUUCUCAACAUGGUAACCCCCGACGAACUGCGUGACGAAGAAGAAUAUGAGGACAUCCUUGAAGACAUCAAAGAGGAAUGCAACAAAUAUGGCUGCGUCCGUAGUAUAGAAAUCCCAAGACCCAUAGAAGGAGUUGAAGUACCUGGUUGUGGAAAGGUGUUUGUGGAGUUUAACAGUAUUGCUGAUUGUCAAAAGGCUCAGCAAACUCUCACUGGUCGCAAAUUCAGCAAUCGCGUCGUCGUUACUUCCUACUUUGAUCCUGACAAAUAUCAUCGCAGAGAAUUCUAAUAUUACUUAAUUUUUCUCGUCAUAUAAUUCCUUUGUCUAAUACAAUCUCAUAAAUGACAUGUUCAUUUUAGAUAAUGAAUUUCAUAUAUCCAUUUUAACUCGAUUGUAUAUUGAAAUAAAAGAUAAUAAUAAAUUAUAUCUUAAACAA